AUGCCUGUGGUUGCCGGUAGCCCUGUGAAACCGGUCAAAAGCUCUUCGGAGCGUUUGCGAAAGGGAGGGGUUGGGCCAGGUCCUCUGACACCACUCGGGGCACGGUCAGCGCCCAUGGGGUGGAGUCUUGUACUUCCUGGUCCUUUUCCUGACUUCACAGGGGAGGAAAUUCUAAGCAUCUUCAGUCAAGCGUUGUGCUGGGACGAGAGGCAAGCCUUCAGGAAAAUAAAGUUGCCGAAGAAAACAGCCAGACGAUACCCGGUGUAUGAGCUCUAUCUCUACGGGGAAGGGCACUACGCCGAAGAAAACAAAAAUCUCCUGCUGACAGGAAUUCCAGUUCUCUUUCUUCCUGGGAAUGCUGGCAGUUACAAACAAGUACGUUCUCUUGGCUCCAUUGCACUUAGAAAAGCAGAAGAUGUUGACUUCAAGUAUCAUUUUAAUUUCUUCAGUGUCAACUUCAAUGAGGAGUUGGUUGCGUUGUAUGGCGGUAGUCUGCAACGACAGACCAAGUUUGUGCAUGAAUGCGUAAAAGUAAUCCUGAAGUUGUAUAAGGAUCGAGAAUUUGCACCGAGCAGUGUUGCAAUUGUAGGUCAUUCCAUGGGUGGUCUUGUUGCAAGAGCAUUGCUUACUCUGAAGAAUUUUAAGCCUGGACUAAUAAACCUCCUCAUUACACAAGCCACACCUCACGUUGCACCUGUAAUGCCUCUGGACAGAUACCUUACCGAUUUUUAUACAGCUGUAAAUAAUCACUGGAUUCUAAAGGCCCAAGAUUUAAGAAAUUUAACUACCCUUUCUGUGGCGGGAGGAUUCAGAGAUUACCAAGUUCGUUCAGGACUGGCUUUUCUACCGAGAUUGAGUGAACAUGACAGUGCCUUAUCUGUUGUGAGCUCAGCUGUGCCUAGAGCUUGGGCCUCAACAGACCAUCUCUCCAUAGUGUGGUGCAAAGAAUUGAUCCUGGCUACGAUUAGAGCUUUUUUUGAUCUCGUAGAUGAAAACACAAGGCAGAUAACUGAGGAUCCAGAGAAGAGAAUGUCUGUACUGAAUCACCACUUUGUGAGACACCCUGCAAAGAUGUAUGAGGAAAAUCCCGAAGCUUUUACAGAACUCACAGGAUCUUUCAUGUGGAUUACAGUCAAAGCCUCAAAAUGGACUUAUUCAGCUUACAAUGAUUCUGAUGGAAAAUAUUUCACAUUUCCUCUUGCAAGCCACAGAAAAACAUACAGCCAUGUUUACUGUGAAAACAAUAUGUUGGACACAAAUAGCUGGAUUUAUGGCUGCAUGGGAAGUAAUUCAUCAACAUGUCUGGAAGCUACUGAUUUAUCCUGGAAAGCCGAGUUACUUCCAACCACCAAGGUUGUAAUACUGAAACUUCAGGAUUACCCUUGUUUGUCCCACAUUGUCCUUCAGGUACCACCCACAGUUGGCAAUAAGUAUACUUUGGAGUGUGAAUUCUUCAAAGAGGAUUCCAGAACAGUACAGCUUCCUGUAACACAUCUUUUUUCAUUUGGGCUUUCUUCAAGCAAAAUGCUAUUAAAUUCAACUGGCUUACUUUACAAUGUACAGCUCCAGCACUUUAACCAAAUAUAUCAAGCUUUCAGAAUUUAUAUAGAGAGCCGCUGCCAGUCACUCAAAGAAAGAAAACCUAGUGUUUACAGACUGCAUAUACCCUGGUCACAUGAAGACUCCAUAAUUGUAGCAAAAGUUCCGUCUUCUACUGAGAUUUCUGCAAAACUGCAUGUUGCUCCACCUCAGAAUGACAGCAGAGUUCCAGAGUUAAACAUUUUUUCUUCCUCCUCAGACUGUCAGUAUGAAGUAAUUCUGAAGACAUCACUUUUACAGGUUCUCGGGCAAAUAAUAAGGUUCCAUGCUGGUGCUCUUCCUGUUUACAUUGUUUGCAAUAUUCUUCUUGCUUACGGAGGACAGUUGAGCACAUUGAUAUCAACAGGACAGUGUUCAGACUUUUCCCUUGAACUAGUUAGGACAGCUAAACCCUACAAAGUAGAGCCUCUUAUAAGCAUUGUUGUGGUUCUGCAGGGGUUUCACUGGUUUAGAGAGAUAUGGGAAUCGCUGUCACUACCAGAGGUGGACACUGCUGUAUUGAGUAGUCAGGAUGUAUGGUUCCCCCUUGUGUCCCUGAUUCUAUUCCUUUUUGGGACAGGCAUAGCCUACUGGAGUGGAGUAUUUUUCUCUACAUCUCUGAGACUCUUCUCUUCAUUAUGGUUAACUCUGAUUAGACCUCCUGUACUUCAGAAAGAUAAGUUGAUCACACCUAGAAGACUCUGCGGGGUGUUAUCCUUAGCUUUGGUUAGCUGGACCACUUGUGGUGCAUUUGCUGUAUUCAUUAUUUACCUUCAAUACUUGUUUAAGGUAUGAGAGGCUAAACAUUUUGACUUUAUAACUGAAUUCCAAAUUUCUUAUGCUUUGAAUCCCUACCACUCAAAAGAAACUUCACAGGACUCCAGUACACACACUGUCAGAAACCAGAGUCCACGGGACAGUAGUUCCAAAGCAACACAGUCUCUUUUCCUCAGUACAACAGUUGCUGAGGCUGUUAACUCUCUGAAGAUUCACGUUACGAUUCUCCAUUUAUUCACGUGGAUUGUGCUGCUCAACUUGCCAUCUUUAAUUUAUUGGUUAAAAAAUCUCAGGUACAAUGUUAGACUUGAUCCUGAUCCAUGUAGAUCCACAGCUAUUAUCAUCUCAUGCAUUUUAGAAAUUCUCAUCAAUUCAAGUACUUCAGAAGUAAAAUCCAGUAAACUCUUGAAGAUCACAGCCAAAGUUCCACUCCCUUUGUCUGUUGCAAUGUUGGCCUUUGGACGAAUGCAUUUGUACAAAAUACCACACUUUGUAACCUUUUCUCUUUUCCUACAUGUGCUGUGUUGUAUUGUGUAA